CUGCAUGCGGCAGUAGCGUGCGAUGUAUGCAAGAGAACUGGCGGCACGAAGAAAAAGACGCUGCCGUUAUCCUCAUGUCCGUUUCCUUCGAGUUCUUAUGAAGUAAACAGUCAAAUAUUCAUGUUUUAAUGUGUUUGAUUUAAUUAUUGGGAUUUCAUAUUUGAUUACUGAAUAGGAAAAACACACAACGAUGGGUGAGGUGGAGUUGUCCUGUCUGGCUUAUGCCAAAAUGUACCUACAUGCAAGUCAGUUUCCUCGUUGCAGUGUGAACGGCCUGCUGUUGUCCUCCAGUCCAGCAGGGGCAGCUGUAUGUAUCACAGACUGUGUGCCGCUGCUCCACUCGCACUUGUCUCUGGCUCCAAUCACACAGCUCGCUCUUACACAGGUCGACGCUUGGUGUUCACAAACGCAGCAAAGGAUUGUGGGAUAUUAUCAAGCCAAUGCUUGUGUUUCAGACAGCAGCCCUACACCUUGUGCGUUGAAGAUUGCAGAGAAGAUAUUCGAGCAGUGUAACAAUACUGUUUUGCUUAUGAUUGAUGGAGAAAAGAUGUUUCCAAGCUGCCGUGUUCCUCCGAUCGUGAUGUAUGAGCGUAAAGACGCCCGCUGGGCUCUCAAAGACAAACACGCAAUAAUGCUUCGACAGUGGGAAGAAACCUGUUCCAUAGUUAAUCAGCUGUUCAGCUCUGGUGAUCAGACGCUAUUGGUGGACUUUGACAGCCAUUUGGAUGACAUCACAAAAGAUUGGACCAAUCAGAAACUCAAUGCCAAGAUCAUGGAGCUGAUCUCCCCAGCCAAUGGAAAUGUUUAACUGUAUAUAGACUAAAUCUUCUCACGUCAUAGUUUUCUUCCCCUCUAAUUGUGUUUUUAAGAUUAUUUGACUCAUUAUUUUAUUUUGACACAUUUAUAUGAUAUAAAUGAUGUCCUCAGAUAUGCAAAAAGAAACAUUUUCUUUUGUUUGGUAUGAUUUGGUGCUUUGACCCUAAAAAUAAACUUACAUUGACGUGGACUCGUAAUACAAGCAGCAUAUUUUUUAUUACUUUGAUCGCCUGUUAUAUUUUAAUAAUUUAACAGUAAGCUAUUAAUUGAUUUGCUUUAUAAGUUCUAUCUAUCCGUCUAAACAUUAAAGUAAU